AUGUCUUUCAACAACAACUCGAUGCUUGACACAGACUCUCUGAUUCAUAUUUUGCAAUUUUUCACCAUGAAUGAAUUGAACAUACUAACCGGAGUGCUUUUUCAUUCCGAGUCGAUGUGCAUCACCAACGAAUUAUACCACUCAUCACAAACACAAUUUCCUUCACAGGCGUCCUGUGUUUGUAAGAACCAAUUAGGAUUUCAAAUUUUACUCGCUUCCUGGCACGAUUAUUUAUGGAAGGAUUAUAUCACAGAAAGAAUUAAUUUUAUAAAUGAAAAUAUUUUAAGCCCAACAACAAUGAACAACAAUGUUGAUCACUCAAAUAAUAACAAGAAUGAAAAUUGUUGUAAUGAAACAUUUGUAUUAACAAUGCCACAAAAUAACUUUCGAAGAGAAUUUUUGAAGCAAAUUUGGAAUCGUGUGCAGAAACUAAAUCGAAUUUCAAAAGAAAGAGAAGAAAGAAAAAAGUACUUUGAAACUCUUUCCAAGAAAAUUGAGUCAGAAGCUGCCAAGCAUACGCCUAACAAGCUUGAUUUGAGCUCACAUCAAGGUAAUGACAACUGGCAAGUGGAUGACUCUGUCAUUUACACGCCAAGAGUUGCAUUCUCAAUUAAUAAGCAACGAGAAUUACGAGAAUAUGUAAUUACAGAACACACUAUUGAUGAUAUCAAACUUCAAAUCUCAUCAUUGCAACAUGAACUUAAAGAUUUUAAAUUUCCAUAUGAAAGUCAUCAACUGAAAUGGGUAAUUGUGGGACAAACUGGUAUUGGAAAAACAUGUUUAAUGUUUAGAACGGGCCAUAAAUUGUAUCCAAUUGAAUGGACACCUACAAUUGUUGAUGCAUUCAGUAAUGAUAUUGUGAUUCCGUUCUUUGAUGAAAAAUUCGAAAAAAAGUGUGAGAAAACAUUUGGAAUUGGAUACUGGGACAGCUCCGAAAGACAAACAGAAUAUAGAAAAAUGAAUAGGCUGAGCUAUCCAGGUUCAGACAUUGUGACGUUGGCAUUUAGUGUGGAUGAUUGGAAAUCUUUGAAAUAUUUGGCAGAACGAAUGGUUUGGGAUGUUCAUUAUUUCAUUCCAAGCGCCACUAUUAUUGUGCUAGGACUGAAGAAAGAUUUGAGAAAAAUACAAAUGUGGAAGUCAUUACUGCUUGAUUCCAACUCAAAUGAUGAUAGCAGCAAUGUUUCAGAGCCGGUAUCCUAUGAAGAAGGGCUUGAAUUCUCGAAGAGAAUAGGAGCGGUUGCUUAUUUGGAAACAAGUGCCAAGGAGAAUAUUGGCUUGGAGAGAUGGCAUUACAAGUUGGCAAUCUUGAGACUUGCAGAUAUUAUAGCUCGCAAGUCAUCUCAACAACGUAAAAUUGCAACACAAAAAAAAGCAGAGAAAACUUGUGAGGUUCAGUAG